AUGUGGCCCUUCCUGAGCCAUGCUCUCUUCCCGCCGCCUACUGAGGCCUGGCUCCAGGCGGUCUCCUCGGACCCCGAGGCCCAGGGCUGGGGGGCCUGCAGCAGGCCUGAGAAGACCCCUCUGGAGUCAGGGGGUAGGGGUGGGCAGGGGGAGCGGUGGGGAGAAGCUGAGGAGGACGACAGAGACGCCAGCUUCUUGCUGUCCUUGCUGGAGCCGGGGAACCCGGCYGAGAGCCCAGGGCGGGACCAGGUACUGGAGGCCAUSAAGCUGAAGCUAUGGGCCCUGGAGCAGGCGAAGCAGCGGCCGGAGCCACCCAGCACCCAGGGCAGGACCAGGGAAGAGGACGGCACAGGGACUGGGCAGCUGCUAAGCAGCCCUGGGACCACAGGCUGCCCCUUCCCUGGGACCCCCCAGGAGAAGGUGGAGGCUGACCACAGAUCCAUCUACGUGGGCAACGUGGACUACGGGGGCACGGCCAGGGAGCUGGAGGCCCACUUCCACCACUGCGGCCAGGUCCACCGCGUCACCAUCCUGUGCGACAAGUUCUCGGGACACCCCAAGGGCUAUGCCUACAUAGAGUUUGCCACCAAGAGCUCAGCCCAGGCUGCCAUGGAGCUGGACGAGAGCGUCUUCCGGGGCCGGGUCAUCAAGGUGCUGCCCAAGAGGACCAACUUCCCAGGGAUCAGCUCCACAGACCGUGGGGGCCUGCGGGGGCCCUCGGCCUCCAGGGCCGCAGCCUUCCUGUGCAGUGACCUCCAGUGCCGGUCCCGGUUCAGACCUCGCGGGCAGCACUGGUGAGUGGGCUGUGUGGUGUUGGCCUGGAGACCGGGUGACGGGACUCGGGCUGCUAGCAGUUCUCUGGCAGAGGCCUGGCCCCGGCUGCCCAGGGUGC